AUGCCGAGUAAAUACUCGCACAGCGUCGUCCUGGCUAAUUACUCCAGGCGGGGCAUCAUCAGCCUGCCGAACGAUGAGAAACCGGAAAACCAGAAGGCGUUUAGGGCUCCACGGAUUCUCCCUGGUAAACCACCACCUCAUGAACCUAUUUUCAGCGACUAUCCUGGUGCCAGGGCUUCUUCUGGAUCUUCGUAUCAAGCCCGAUCCUCAACAUGGCAGCCGAGGUUCCCAGGACGAAGGUUGUCGAAAGGACAACGAAAUAGCCGUCCUGGUGGUACACCGACUUCACAACGGUGUCCACAGGACGAAGUUUCCAACAAUAUCAGGGUCAAAGGAACGGCUGACGGCACUCGUCCACAUACCAGUGAACGAAAGAUAAUCUUGGACUCGGAGACUGAGGGGACUGUGAAUGGCGUUCGAACUGAGGACUUCUGGCUCCGCAACUCUGACCCAUCCAACGCCGAACUGCCAACUGGUUCCCGCCUAACCUCACCCUUUGACGAAAGAUGGGGGCUUGCCCUUCAGUGCGACCUAUCUGGAGUAAAGACAGAAGCGAUAGCUCAUACCAAUAAGGGUAUCUUGAAACGUGACAAGAAACUACUAUCGCCGGUUGCCGCACGGAAGUACGAGUCUGGUAGAGGUUCCAGAGUUGCAGUCCAACCUCCAGAUGCGGAUGAUCAACCACUACAUCGACAACCACGAGCUCGACAGCACGAUGAUGCCGUGCCUCUUCUUUCCGCACGGGACUCCAACGUCUUGCCUCGGACUCCGGAAAUUGGGGACGCUGUUCAUUCCAGGAGACAUCCCAUUCCUCGAAAAAUUGUCCAAUACAGCGAUACUAGACAUCACGUGCCCGUGCUUGAUGCUGCAGAUCAAAUUUCGAAGCCUCAAAAGCCUCGUCGGCCGCCACUCAGCCGAGCCAAUACGAGCUUCAUUGAUAUGUCGGAUGACGAAAUCAGUAAUAAAUCCCGUGGACACACUCCUCACACAUCAAUAGGGAAAUCGCCAUCUACAUAUACCUUGAUCUCAGAAAUUGAAGUUCCAGAUUCGACAAUCUUAAAUCGAGCAGACGACCUCCACGGCCUCCAUGGGGGCGUUGCUUUUGGAACAAGGCAGGGGAGCCGGAACAGGUUGGAAAAGGUCCCGACAUGGAAAGCUGGUUUGGCUGAACCACAAGUCCAAAGACGGCCUGUCAGCAUGGGUAGCAAUCCUUUUGAGACCACGGCUCUACCGAAACGCGCUGCCCUCCACAGAAGACAGACUGAUGAACCCAUAAGGCAUUCAGUCUCACGCAGUCCAGUUCUAGAAUCCCGCAGUCUAUCGUGGUUGCUGCUAGACGUGGGAUUGAACAAUCAAAUGAAAGACGACCGCUACGACGAAGCCCAAAACUUUCCACAAGUUACCUUGCAAUUGCCAAAAUCCGAAGCUCGUGCCAAAGUCAGCAACGCGAGCCUGAGAUCUAGGGCCACCCUGCCCAGCCAUCCAGAGUUCGAGCCUACCGAAGCUGACCUCUCCAAAUUCAUGGAUGGCAACGACAAAGGGAAAGCCAACAUCAAUAAUGCUAUGAAGAACGCCUCCUUUCAAAGGCACGACGACUCGGUUAACGUGUAUCCUCCUCAGCACGACUCCAACGGCAAGCCGUCAACACCACUCAGGCCUCCACAGUCUGGAGGGGGAGGAGAGGAGCCACGAUGGUUACCUAACUCAGCGAGAUCAGAGCCAACGUCCGCGGGGAGCGUUAGCCGCCAUCAGCAUACAUUCUCGAACAUUACUUCUUGUUCAGUUGUGCCGGAAACCCAAUCCCAGCCGCAACCGGGCGCGAAAAGUUUAGCAUCGUCGGGGCACCUCAAAUUAAAGUCUACACUGAAAUCCGAAGAGGAAAUGAGGAUGAAGAUACCCACUCCUAUCCCGUCUCCUGCUACGUCGUCAAUGUCUCCCGAGAUGUCAGGGAGGAGGAUGGUCUGGUCAUCAUCAGGAUUGGUUCAUCAGGCGUCGAGGCCAGCAAAUAUACCUGAAUUUGGCGUCCCUUCGCUUUUUCGGUCCGGUGAUCAAACAACGGACAUUCAUGGACAGACAACUUCGAGAUCUGCCUCGCAAUUGGGAUCUAACACCCCACAGAACCGGAAAGCCGGACCGGAAACAAUACGGAAACAGGUAUCAUUCCCGCGAUUUCCCAAGAUGGCAAGUGGUCCACCACAGGCCAGGGACGCAGCGCCUGCCAGUACGAUGGAACGCCAUCAACGAGACGACGGCGACGAUUGGAUAUUCCCCACUGUCCCUGUUUCAGAACUAGCUGCCUCGAGGGCAUGUCUUCUGGACUUAAUGACAACAGAUGUUGAAGCUGAAUCGAGACUCGAAUCGAGACUCAAAUCCAAACCAUCGAAUACCUGGCAUGAGCAGUCUCCGAACCUCGGCAGGCAGUACCAAAGUUUGCCCAGCCAGAUAGGACACAGCGGCGAUAUGGACGAUAUCGUUUCUCUUUUCUCUAAUGACCAUGAAAUCUCCAGCGACGUCCGGGACUAUGCACAUCAGCAAGUCACCGCGGGGGACGAAAGAGAUGACCCAGACGCAGCUCUCCCACCACCAGACAUCUCGCGUUACCGAGCCGAUCGCACCAGCUCCUGGAACAGGCAGUUUCGUCGUUCAGAAGCUUCUCUCACCGCGCUCCCUCGCAUAGCAAGUACAAAUGUAAGCAUAAAUCGACUGUCCCGUGCCAAACGGGAGGAUGCGACGCAACCGCUGUUCUGGGCUUGGAAUGUCAAUCGACCUGCACCUCUUUCUGUCCGAGCCGACAUCCAUCAGGAAAGGGAGGAGAAGAGGCCGAGGAUGAGGACCGGAAUGAAAGAGCUCUGGGGACGAUUGAGGCGAUGCAUUGAGAGCUGA